GCAGGGUUGACCAAGGAGAUGAAAGAAAGUCAGACGCGCCCAAUUCCAUUACAAGAGUAGACGUGUGGAUUAAAGCGCAUAAAAGAAAGGAUAAAAGUUAUAUAAAUGAAACAGCCAAGGAGGCAGUGGAAAAAAUGGAAGAAUAUACCAGGACCACUCAGAGUACAGGAAUUCAUGUUGAUGCAAUCUCACAUAUAAUGGGUCCUGAACAUCGAGGAAGAGUGAGACCAUUAGGGUUUGGGGUAACAAUGACAAAAAUAAAUGCCCGGAAUGUUGUUUCUCGAAAAUAUGAUCGGACGAUUGGAGCCUUGGAACAACAGUUGCAGCAACAACAACAAAAACAACAAAAAAUGCAACAGCAAAUAGAAGCACUGAUGGCACAAAAUGCUAACAACCAGUCCUGUGCUCCACCUCAAGCCCCACCUACUGAAGAUGUUGUCCAUAAGAAGUGUGAGUUAUUGCAUUAUAAUGGGACAGGAGUAAUUGUUGCUAAGGGUGAAGUUGAUUCAAUAGAUCCUGAUGACCUUAUAGAUGAUGUUCCUCUUGGUUUUGAAUGCUGGAAAAUAUAUUUCACUGGAGUCAUUGAACCCAACGUGCCGAUGUACCGAAUUCUUCAAUCUUACAAUACUCUUGAACAUGUGACGGGUGAGACAAUUGCAUGGCCUAGCAGGUUCAUCAAAAUUCGUGUUCGUCAGUUCCAGGGUUAGGGUUUGAUCGUGCAGAGCAGAUACGGAUUUCUAUUCUUCUGACUACGGCCGAACGUGGGAUAAGCAUGUAUUUCUGAGUUUUUGCUUAAAUGAUGCUUGAGGUUCAAGAUUAUCAUCUUCUUUUGGGAUACCUAGGUGUACUUCUUUUGGGAUACACUAUUUGGUUUACAUGCACGGCCUGGGAUAAGUUUGCAUUUUUGAGUUUUUGCUUAAAUGAUGCUUGAGGUUCAAGAUUAUCAUCUUCUUUUGGAUACCUGGGUGUGCUUCUUAGGGUAUUAGAAUAUGACGAUGGGCACUACAAUGAAGAUAUCAAGACAAGAAAAACACCAGACCAAUUGGGUUGCCUAGAAGAGUGAGCAAUUGCCUUUAUAUUUUGAUUUUUUGUGGGUAUUGCUACUUGCCAGGUUACAAUUUUCGUAGGUAUACAUAUAUGUCAACAAUGAUGGAAUUAUACAUUGCAAUCUUUAAUGAAUAUAAGACUUCUUGAAAUUUAUUUGUUUA